AUUGUUGUGAUCGUGCGGCUGCUCAGGCGGCGGCGCGCCGACAUAGAGGAGGACUGGCACACGGAGCGGGCCGGGGCGGGAGAGGGGAAAGUAUUGUAGCACUGUGAAUGCCCACAAACUGAGGCCAUAUGAUGAUGCGCGUGCGGGGGCCGUGUACAUGCUUAAUCCCAUUUCCUUAUCCGGGGUUCGUCCUGGAGGCGCGCCAUUGGCCAGCCGCCGUCACGUGGCUUCUUAACUUUGUUCACUUGACAGAAAAGUAGGAGGGUUCAACGGAACAGGAAUAACCGAAGAGUAAAGGGAUGAGAUAUAAAUUUUAGUUAUAUAUUUUCCGAGUAGGUGCAAUUCCACAAAAAGACUGAAAUUAAUGGCCAUGAGCUCCUAUUUGAUCAACUCCAACUAUGUGGACCCCAAGUUCCCGCCGUGCGAGGAGUACUCACAGAGCGACUAUCUGCCCAGUCACUCUCCGGACUAUUACAGCUCCCAGAGGCAGGAGCCUGCUGCCUUCCAGCCGGACUCUCUCUACCACCACCACCAACACCACCCGCACCACCAGAGCCACCACCAGCAGCGAGCCGAGCCGCCGUUCACGCCGUGCCAGCGCGCCGCGCAGCCCGCCUCGGUGGUGAUGUCCCCUCGGGGUCAUGCCGUCCCUCCGACCGGGCUGCAGACCACCCCUGUCCCGGAGCAGAGCCACCGCUGCGACUCGGUGACACCGAGCCCGCCUCCGCCUCCGUCUUGCGGUCAAACGCCUCACAGCCAAAGCACUUCUUCCCCCACGAGCAGUCGCAAGGACCCGGUAGUCUACCCGUGGAUGAAGAAAGUCCAUGUAAACAUCGUGAGCUCCAACUACACGGGGGGCGAACCGAAGCGCUCGCGGACGGCGUACACGCGCCAGCAGGUUCUGGAGCUCGAGAAGGAGUUCCACUACAACCGGUACCUGACGCGCAGGCGCAGGGUGGAGAUCGCGCACACGCUGUGCCUGUCAGAGCGGCAGAUCAAGAUUUGGUUCCAGAACCGGAGGAUGAAGUGGAAGAAGGACCACAAGCUGCCCAACACCAAGGUCCGCUCCGGGGCAAACAGCAGCAACACAAACUCCCAGGCUCUGAGCGGCUCCCAGAACCGCUCCUCUGGACCCCUAUAGCCCGGUACUGGCUCCCCUCUGUCUCAUGUCUGCCCUCCCUGAUUACCCAAACUGAACGCCGAAGGGCCCACCACGCUUGUAACCACCGGAACCUGCACUUUGGACCGGAAUAACGCCUUUGCUGUGGCGGGAGGGAGGGAGGGAGUCGCUGCCGCCGUCCGGCCCUGAUCUGAUGCUCCUCACUAAGAUAUGACGCUCUGACGUGGGAGGGGGUGGAGGGGGGAGCUCCCAUUCACAAAAUAUGAAAUGAACAAAAGUAGGUGAAGGAGACUGAAAGAACUGAGAAACGGCGUGGUGGCGUCCAGAACCCGUCCCUCUGCCCUCUCACUGCCCGCUCCUCGCCCCGUCUUUUAUAGCCUCCCUCUGCCUGCUGCUGACGGCGGGCUGAAGAUAAUGUUCCCGCGUGUGUGUGGCUUCUUUCCUCUUCCUUUUCUAUCCAAGACUCCUUUUUUUUGGUGAAGAUGGAUCCUCGUUUUCAUCUUUAAUCAUGCCAAACUCGGGCCCCAUUUGUCAUGUUUACUCUGCGGGUACAAAGCAAAGGGGUGAACCGCGGCUCUGCCCAUUACCCCCCAGCCCCUGCACCCCCUUCCUCCCCCUGCCCCCGUCUCCAAACCACUAACCCCCCCAACACACGCACGUGUAAUAAAUGGAAGUCUCGUUUCGUCAAGAGAAGUAUUCUUACACUACAGACCCUGAUAGUCGUCCAACCCUCAUGUAACCUCCGGUAUGAUCCAAACGACAGCAGGCGGUUCCGCCGUCCCGCUGCUACAAGUAUAACUGUUUGUAUUUCUGUCUCUUUUUUUGUGUUUAUUUUUGUUUAAUGACAAAAUAUAGCUUUUCAAAUUUUAAUUCUAGUUAUUUUUGAAUUGAGUGUUGAUUGUGAGCUGAAGCCGGUGUUGCUGCGCGCCGCCGGAGCGUCCGGCGGUCCGCGGGCUGCUCACGUCGUUACAGGGAACCACGGAACAGGGUGAUGAACGUGAACACGGUCACAGGAACGCAUUUCCCUCCACCUACCUAACAGGGUUUAUAGAGCUGCCUAACACUAAUAAUCACACCCAACUCCUGGUACAGAUAGCUCCAGAACACCUUAUAAACACAGCACUAUUGCAAUGUACUACCUAUUACCUCAGUUGUACUUAUAUAUAUAUAUAUAUGUUUAUUUUUUGGUCAUCUUAUUUUUUCUCCUGCUCGUUUCAUGAAGUGACAGCGUCUCGAGCUUUUAUAUUUUUUGAAAUUGUGUGACGAGUUAUUAUAAUAAUUAUUAUUAUUAUUACCUGCAAUACAAUUCUUGUAUUCUUGUAUGUGGAAAGUUAAAAAAAAAAUGUAAUUUAAUUAUAAGCAAUUGUUCUAGAAAGGGACAUUCAGAAAAAUAAGGAGCCUCUUGUUGCAUGAACGGUGUUGAUUUAUUUUUCUAUCUUUUCUCUUCGUCGCUCUUUCCUCCGCACAUUAAAUGCGCGCACACUUUCUGCCCUCUCCUCCUCUUCCUCCAUCUCUCUAUGUUUCUUCACGUUGUGCCACUUUUUAGAUAUUUUAUUCUGCAAGUGUUUUAAUUGAUGGUAUUUUAUUUACAUUCCAAAGAUUAGUUUCUAUGGUUAUUGAUGAUGAUGAUGAUGAUGAUGAUGCUUUAGUGAACAUGUGUCCCCCGAUGUGCUCCUGUCUCUGCUCAUGCCUCCUCUCUGUCCACCUUCCUAUUAUUUGUAAAUAGUUCAUAGAAAUUUAAAUAAAUGGCUGAAAAUGUA